AUGGCACCUAGCUACGAAUAUCUAAAGAAUAUCGACAAUGAACCAGACCGUCGCCGAUUCGCGGCUGAUGAGAAUUCACGCCUUCUGGAGAAUGGAAGUGAGUCGGCAAACUAUGACGACAAUUGCGCGAUGAACAGUGGCCAGCCUCGCAAUGUUCUCAAAUCCUUCACGAGAUCGGCGUGUGAAUUGGUCCCAGAGUGGAAUGAAAUCAUUUUCGGAAGAUGUUUCUUGCACGUCUGCGCCGUCGUCAAGCUUACUAUCCUGAGUAAUUAUGCCAACUUCCUUCUCGUCUUGGUGCCCCUUGCUAUCAUGGCGGGUCAACUCAAUUCAUGGAGCCCAGUCGCCAUAUUCGCCCUGAAUCUGAUUGCUGUGGCACCGCUCGCUACUACAUUGGAAUUUGCCAUUGAGCAAAUGUCGAUGAGCCUGAAUGACGGCCUCGGAAACCUCUUGAUGGCAACAUCCGGGAAUGUGGUUGAGAUCAUAAUCGGCAUUAUUGCGCUCAAAGAUGGCCAAAUUGAAGUGGUACAAUCAACCGUGCUUGGCUCCAUUCUCUUGAAUCUACUGCUCGUUACGGGAUCAUCGUUCUUCCUUGGCGGUAUUUUCAAUAUGUGCGAUCAAAACGGCGAGGGGGUUGAACAAAACUUUGCCUCCGCUACAGCACAAACUACUCGCUCAUUCAUGACGAUGUCUCUAGCAUGUUUGGUCAUUCCUGCUUCACUUUAUGCAGCCCUUUCAAAAGCAGACUCGGACGACAAAGAGCACUCCAUUCUACUUUUGUCAAGGGGCACAGCCAUCAUCCUCCUGCUUCUAUACUCCUUGUAUCUGUUGUUCCAACUUCACACACAUCCGGACCUCUUCAGCACUCAGAUUCCCUAUGAAGAGAAUACCGACGACCAGCCGAUUAUGAAUCUCUAUACUGCGGCUUUUAUAGUGGCAUUUACCACUUAUCUGAUAACUGUAUGCGCGAGUUAUUUUGUCGGGUGUAUCGGCAACGUCGUCGAUACAAUCCAUGUAAACGGGAACUUUAUUGGAAUUGCAUUCAUUCCGGCUGUUAGUAACGCGGCUGAACAUCUUAUGGCUAUACAUAUGGCCAUUCGAAAUAAGAUGGAUCUCACUAUAGGCAUUGCUGCGGGCUCUUGUAUCCAGGUUUCGCUUUUUACCACUCCUGUGCUCGUCAUUCUUGGUUGGGCUGUGCUUGACAAGCCUAUGACUCUGCGCUUUGAAAUGUUUCAAACAAUGGCACUGGUCUUUGCUGUCCUAGUAGCAUACACAGCUCAAGACGGCAAGUCCAACUACCUCCACGGGGCUAUGUUGAUCGGACUCUACAGCAUUAUCACUCUGGCGUUGUAUGUUUCUCCUUCCGAUGCGCUUGACAAGGCGUUUUGCAUUUCGAAUGCAUGA